AACUUCACCAACAAUUAUCAUUAAUUUUUUAAUCUUUUUAAGCUUUAUUGUAUAUAUCAAUUGAAAGAAUAAUUUUUUAAUUAAAUUAUUAAAUGAAUGUUGAUGAAUUAAAACCUGAACAACUUUUAAGAAGCAAAGAGCAAUGUUCUAGUAGUAAUAACAAUUCACUACAACCUUUGCCUUCCCCCUUGGAUGACAAUGAAAUUAAAAAAUCAAUUCAAUUUUCUGUUUGUUGUUGUGCUUUCUUUCAUGGAUUUUCUGAAAUUGAUCGAGGAAGUAUUGAUGCCUUAACUAAAAUUUUGGAUGGAAAAUUGAAUAAAAUGUGUGAACAACUUAAAAUGUUGGGAAAUCGACUGAAACAAGGAAAGCCUUCAGCGGAAUUUAAGGUUUUAUAUUUUUUAUUGUCGUGUUGUGUGAGGUGGUCGAGUGGUUAGCGAUUUGGAAUUUCUUUUGUGGGAUUGUUGGUUCGAGUCUAUUUUUCAGUGUUAAAAAACUGUUAAAUUGCCUUUUAAAAAUAAUUUUUCUAUGAGUGGGGAUGGUCGAGUGGUUAAUGAUUCGGUCUUUUAUACCCAAAGGGUGGUGGUUCGAUUC